GGCUGGCGCGGCGGCGGGCGGGGAGCGGCGCUGGGCGGCCAUGACGGAAACUGUGCUGCCGCCGCCGUGAGGGCGCGGGGGGGGCACGGAGCGCCCCGUUCGCCUCAUGGAGGCGCAGGAGGAGGCGCGGAGGCACAAGCUGGAGGCCGGCAGGGCUAAGUUUGCUUGCUUCAGACAGCGAAAAGCAAAGGGCGACGUCGCGCAGCCGCAGAAAAAGGCGGCGAAGAGGAAGGGCUCGGCUGUCCACACGCAUGACCUCCCGAAGGAAGAGCACCCAGUAGCAGCCAGAGCUGCUGGCAAGGGCCUACAGGGUCAGCCUGAAGACACCAACCUCCCAGAGGCACAGGGCAGCACUGAUUUGUCUAGCUGGGAGCCAUUGGAUGAUCAUGCAACUGAAAAAGAUAGGAUAAAUUCUGCUGCAGAAUACAGCGAGGCUGAUGCUCAGAUGUGCCAGGUGAGGAUAGCUGAGCUGGAGAGCAGACUGCUGGAGAAACAGGGAGCAGUGGAAAGACUCACUGUACAGAUGGAUGAGCUGCAGGACCAACUCACCCAGCACAACAAUUCUAUGCAGCUUCAGGAAAUGACAGUUCAAGAGCAGAAUGAGAUCAUCAGGAGGUUAACAACCUGCCUUCAACAGGCCAGGAAAGACCGGGACGAGCUACAGGAGGAGGCUUCACAUGUGGCUGGUCAGAUCCAUGAUUUGCAGCUCCAGUUACAUCAGGUUACUGAGAUGCUGAGGAGCAAAAGUCUCAGGAAGAAUGAAGGAUUAGAAGCCCAGCAGCAAAUGUGGUUGUUUCAGGAUCAUCUCAGACAGCAAAAUGCACAUUUGCAGAUGCUGCGUGAGAAAGCACAUGAUCUAGAGGUACAGCUGGAGUCUUCUCAAAAGAAUACCAAAGAUAAAGAAAAUCUGCUCGCCCAAGUGGAAGAGGAUAUGAAAGAUGCAAUACAAGAGCUGCACAAAAGUGUAGAUGAAAAAGAACAAUUUAUUAAAAGGCUUCAAGAUCUACUGACAUCAGAAAGAUCUGGCUUGUCUAUACUGCAGCACACACUUUCUCUCCGGGACUCAGAAAUAACAGAAUUAAAAAAAGAAAUUGCUUUAUCCAAAGUGAAAGAACAGCAAUAUAUUGAAGAACUGAAAAUCAGUCAUGAGAAGGAUAUUUGCAGACAGUUGGAUGACUUAAGGAAUGAGCUGGAGAAGUGCUACAGAAGAGAGAUUGCAGAAGCCAAGCAGGUUUAUGAAGAAGAAAUUAUUUUAAAAUAUAAAAAUGAACUUGAACAGUUAAAGAAAGAGCUCUGUGCUUUGAAUUCUGAAGAACACAUUCAGAAUUUGAAUGGCAUAAUAAUUGACUUAAAUAUAAGGCUUCAAGAAUCUGAAAUUAGUAAAGAAAAUCUGAGGAAAAAACUUGAAAACCAACGGGAAGACUUUCAGAGGGAAAAAUCUGAAAUAGAAACUAAAUACAAGGAUUUAAUUGAUGGCUUUAAGUAUCAACUUUCUUAUGCAGAAGAGCAAGUGAAGGAAGCCCAGAGAUACAAAAAAGAAAAGCAGUCCUUGAAUGAAGAGAUUCAGAAGCUGAAUUCCUACAUCCAGGAAUUAAAUGCAAAGCAGCUUUAUGAGGCUGAAAAAAAUAUAGAUUUAAGGCAAAAGCAUGAUGGAGAGAUUGUCUCCAACAAAAAGUUAGUGGAAUUGAGGGAAAAGCAGAGUUUAUCAGGGAUGUCUCAGUUGCAGGAAGUGGGUCUUGAGGAGGUGUGGGACAGAGCACACCAGUCAGAAGGUAGAGAUGAGCCAGUGCUUGGAGAGCUGGAGUUCCAGCCUGACUCCUCCAGGGAUCAGUUAGAGGAAACAAAGAAUUCAGAGAUCACGAGGGAUAAUGGAGUUAGUGAAGGGGAGAACCUGUCUGAAGAACCCUUGUCAGAACUGGGGCUAUUCAGUGGUGAUGAAGGCAUAUUGGCUAAAUACCUCAUUUCCACAGAAACCCCAGAGGACUCCUGUGUGUCCAGCACUUCAGAGGGCCAUGUCAUUGAGGAGGGCAGAUGCAGCAUGGAUGGGUUAGACCACAGCGUGCUCCUAGAACCCAGCAGAGAUUUUAUAUCUUCUCCAUUAAACUCCAGCCUUGGUGAGGGGCUGUGUCUCAGUGCCUUGGCUCAAGAUGUUUUUGAGGAGGCAGAGCUGGGAGCAGAGGCCUUUGUUUCAUGUGUGUCAGAUAGCUCCCUGCAGCAAAACAAAAUUGGAGACCAGGAGGACACACAGGAUGAUGAGAUGUGUUUAGCAGAGGGACAUCUGAAGCCAGCUGAACAGCUCCAUCAGGAGUCAGCCUUGGAAAUGCCUUAUCAGGACGCCCAAGAAUCUCUUCAAAACUUGGAAAAAGCCAUGUCUGAGCCCUCUCAUAGGCAUGCAGAAGUGGAGGAAGAACAUGAAGCACGGAUCUGUUGUGAAAAAGAACUUCUUCAGAAAAUGGAGAGGGAGAAAGAACUUGAAAAUAAACUGAUGCUUCUAGUAAAGCAGCAGGGUGAGGAUGGAGGCCAGCCAUCUCUAACACAAGUGUCAAACCCCUCUACCUGGCUAGAAAUGGUGAAAGACCUCCAGGAGGAGAGAGACAUGUUGAUGACGCAGCUGCAAGCUCAGGGGCAGUUAGUGAGAGAUGUCCAGGAGCAGAAAACAGCUUCUGAUUCUGUGACAAGCAAAGAGCAGGCUCCUCUUGGCCAUCAGUUGGUGGCUUUGCAAAGCCAGCUUAAUGCCCAGAAGGCCAAAAAGCAGAGAACAGCAGAGCUGUUCAGUCAGAAAUCUCCAUCUGAAGAGACAUGGCUAAAGGAACAGGAGUUGCUCAAAGCUGAAAUCAAUAAUAAAGAACAAAAUUUAGCACUUUUGUUGAAGGAAAAAUCAGCCUUAAAAGAGAGACUAUCCGAUGUGGAGGGAGAUCUAGUGAAAGCUGAAAAAGCACUGGCAGAGAAUGCUAGCAUCAUCAAGGACCUUGAGAAAAACAUCCAUGAGCUUAAUGCUGAAAUGGAAAACAUCAAAGAAAUACAGGAGCAUGAGAGACUGAGCUAUGAGGACAGGUUACAGCUCAGCAACGAAGAAAUUGAUAAACUUACUGCUGAAAUAAAGGAAAAGACUACUGAAUACAGUGAGGAAAAGAGCCAGCUGACUGAAGAAGUUGCCCAGUUGAAAAAGGCUCAUUUGGAGCUUGAGGCUCGCUUGCAGGAGUCCUGUCAGGCUGCCCAGGAGGCUCAGUGCAAGAUGGAGAAGCAUUACAAAGAGGAAAUGGAUAAGAUGGAGACUCAACACCUUGCUGAAUUGACUGAAGUGAGUUUGGCACAUGAGAGAGAGAUAAGAGAGUUAAAUGCUGAAAUAAAAGACAAAGUGGAAGAACAACAGAAGCUGGAAGAAAAAAGAAAGGAGGAGAUUGCUAUAAUAAAAAAGGUUCAUGAGCGAGAGCACGAUCGGGAAAUCUCUGAGCUGGCUGCCAGACACUCCGAGGAGAUGGAGAGGCUCCGUGCUGAGCUCAGGGAAGAACAGAGACACCUUUUGGAUGAACUCCAGCAGCAAAUGGCAGCCACACACAGAGCAGAGCAGGAGCAAGCUCAGCUCCAGUCCCAGACACUGCACAGCCUUGAACUGGAAGCUUUACGCCUGACCUUAAACAAUAUGCACACCUCUCAGCUGGAGCUUACACAGUCCAACUUGAGGAAAGAGAAGGAGACUGCCCUGGUGGAGCUGCGGGAGAUGCUCAAUGACAAACGUGCUCAGGAGGUGGCAAUUCUGCAGAGCCGCCACCAGCUGGAGUGGGAGAGGAUCAAGGAGCAGUGUCUGAAGGAAAAAGAAGACCUUAAGUCCAAGUAUCAGCAAGAACUAGUUGACCAGAGAAAGAAAAUAGAAUUGGAAAUGGAAGAGAGACAUGUCCAGGCAUUAGAGACCCUCAAAAGAGACUGGCAGUUAGAGUCUGAUAGACGUUUAAAAAACGUGUGUGAGGAGCUGUGUGAAAAACAUGAGGCUGAGAUGAUUGCACUGCAGAAAUCUCUGGAAAUGGAUUUGGAGAAACUCAGAGCAGAGCUGGGGCUUCUUUCUGUGGAGAAUGUACAAUCUAAAAUGAAAUGUAUAGAAUGGGAGGAGCAACACCAGUUAGCCAUCACCAAAUUACAAGAACAGCUGCAGGCUGAACAUAACCAGCUCCUAGAAGAGAUAAAGAGGAAAAGCCAAGAAAAAGAACAGGGUCUUCAGAAGGAGCUGGACCAGCUUCAGGUUGAGCAUGAGCAGCUCAAGGCUCAGUCACAAGAAGAACUCAGGCAGCUUUGGUCUCAGCUUGACAGGACCCGAGCAAAUCGACAAGAGCUAAGUGAGCUAAAAGAGCAGCUCCUGGCUCGAGCUUCACAAGUAAAAGACAUAGAGUGUUUGAAACAGGAGUUUGAACAGCAGCUUCAGCAGAGAAACAGGGAGCAUGAAGCUGAGUUGGAGCAACUGAGACUUUAUUUUGAAAACAAGUUAAUUGCUGCUGAAGAAAACUACAGAGAAGAACUGACUUUGUUGCAUCAGAGACAGCAAGAACUGACAGAGUAUUCACUGUCAGAGUUGGAAAUGAGUCAAGAGCUAGCAGGAGACACCAGUUCUUCUGUCACACAUUUUGAAGAGACUACUGAGAAAGAGAGAGGUGUUGCACUUGGUCAGCUAAACCAACAGCUUCAACAACAACAGGAAGAGCUUGCCUGUUUGGAACUACAGCUUACAGAACAACACAGGCAUGAAUUGGAUUCCUUAAGAUCCUCCCUUGCACUUCAGUAUAAAGAAGACCUGAUGAAAAUGCAGAUGGAUCUGUCAGACAAGCAUGUGACAGAAAUUGAGGCCUUGAAAAGAAAGCAUUGUUUAGAACUUGAGCAGCUCCAGGCCCAACUUUCAGAAGAACAUUCUAAAGAAAUCACCAGACUGUGUCUCCAGAGUGCUCAAGAUGUAGCACAUCAGGUUGAGAAGGAGGUGGCUGAGCAAGUGUCUGUGUUGGAGGAAGAGUACAAAGCCAAGCUCACUCUCUCCAGCUCUGAGAAACAGCAUAUUGCAGAGCUCUCAGAGGAAAUCAGGCUUUUAAAGGAAGAGAUUAUAAAACAAAAAGAGUUCUCUGAGCAGAAUGAAAAGCAUCUGAAAGAAGAAAUGGAAAAGGUAAAAUAUAAAAUUGCUGAGGAUCACAAAAAUGAAUUAAAAGAAGAAGUCCAGAAAAUAGAGAAUACGUACAAAGAAAAAGAGAAGAAAUGGCAAUGUGAAAGUGAGGCCCAGAGAAUCCUUGCAGAAGAGAAGUUAUCACUAUUGCAAAUGGAACUGCAAACCAGAGCAGAAUCUGAGAAGCAGAACUUACAAAACCAGUUUGAACUCCGUGAAGCUGAAAUGAUCCAACUUCAAGAUCACCAAGCUGCCAAAAUUCUAGAGCUGGAGAAGCUGGUGAAGGAGCAGCAGAACAACUUGCAGCAGCUGGAGGACAGCCUUGCAGGUGCCCAGGCUGUGCAGAAAGCUCAGCAGCAAUAUGAAGCUGACCUGGAGGCAGCCAAAGCCCUCAUGGCAAAAGAAAUGGAAAAAACCACGCUCUGCCUGCAGGAGGAAUGUGCACUCAAACUCCUGGAAGCACAAAACAAGUUUAUGGAGGAACACAAAGCAAUGACUCAGAAAUUCACAACUGAGCAAGAGACUCUUCUCCAAAAGCUGAAAAAGAAACAUGUGGAUGAGCUGGAACUCCAAAGUCAGCAGUUACAGGAGAAGCAUAAGCAGCAGAUUUUGUCUCUGACAGCUGAUUUUCAGGCAAAACACCAAGCUGAAAUUGAGACACUUAAAUCUACAUUGGAAAAUCAACAUCAGAUUCAGCUUGAAAGUUGUGUUGCUGACCUACAGACAAAGCAUCAGGCCCAAAUUGAUGAGCUGGAGAUUAAACACUUGUCAAAUCUGGAUUCCUUGGAGUCUUCCUACCUAUCUGAAAUUCAGACUGUGAGAGAUGAGCACAGUCAGGCUCUGGAGAAGCUACAGCUGCAGCACAGGGAGCAUCUCCAAAAGCAGGAUAAAAUGCAUCAGGCACAGCUGCUUCAGGAGAUUGAGAUGCUGAAAUUAAAGCACGCUGAAGAACUUCAGCUUUCCCUAAACAAUUUGAAAAUUGAGCUAGCUACUGUUAAUAUGGAAAAGGUUAAAACCAUGGCUCUUGAAGCAGAAGAAGCUCAUAAGGAUGAUUUGAACACUGCUCUUCGAAAUCAAAGGCAGUUGCUGGAAGAAGAAAAACGUCUGGCUCUGGAUCUGUUACGUGAUGAAGUGUUGCAGAUGGAGGAAAGGCACAGGAAAGCACUCCAAGAGCUCCAGGAUCUUCAUGAGGCAGAUAUUAAGAAACAUAAGGAGGAGUACUCCAGGGUGUUGGAAGAAGAAUUGGGGAAACUAAAAGCACAGCAUGAACGUGAGCAAGAGCUGUAUGCUUCUGCAUCAGCUUCUGAAGUAGAAUCUGUGAGAAAAGCUCUUCUGGCUCAAUUUGAGGAUGUAAAAUUGAAACAGCAGCUUCAGUUCCAGGAGGAGAUUGAGCUGCUGAAGUGUCAGUCAGAGGUGCUGCUGGAACAGCAGAUUGCACAGCUGAAGGAUGAAUUUGAAGCUGAAAAAAAGGCAUCACUACAUGACAAGGAGCAGAUGUUGAUUCAGGAGAGGGAAAAGGCACAGGCUGCUCACCAAAAGGAACAAGAAAAGUUAUCAGCUCUGCUGCAGGAAAGGGCAGCAAUAAUUACCCAGCUGGAAAAGAAAGUGGCAUCUUUACAGCAUGAAAUAGAGCAGACCAACUCUGAACUGGGGACACUCCUUCAGUGGCAGGACAAGGAAAACCAAGAAGGAGGAAAUUUGAUAGCCUUGUUGAGAUCUGAUAUUGAGCAGUCAAAGGAGGAAAGGGAGAAACUGCGUGAAUCUUACCAGCAUGUUUUGAAACUGCUUAUGGAAGUGGUGAAGGCCACAGUAGUUAUUGAGGACCUCAUCUGCAGCAAGAUUGGGCUUUGCCUUGAUGACAGUCUGGCUUCUGGAGAUCCUAAAGAAACUCGGAGUAUUGUGGAAGAAAUAGGAUUCAUGCAGUGUUUUAAAACCAAAGAAAACAAUCACUUGGAAAAAGCUUCCUUGUAUUCAGUAGAGGAGCUGCUUGAUGAAACUCUCACAGAAUGCAACCAGCUGUCUCCAGGAGAUGAAGAGGUGUCUGAGUUGAGCCAAUACUUAUGUGAAAGUGUUUUUGCAAAGCCAGAAUUGGCAUGUGAAAGUGAAGAAACGAUACUGAAAAUUUGUCAUCGUUUGCGCACUGCAGUGGAGAGACUUCUGGAGCUGGUUACAGAGUCAACUAAACAACUGGAGAAGAUGCACGAGAACCACGCGCAGUUCGAGGAGGAGUUCAGCCGCCGCAACCGGGAGACUGCCCAGGUGGUGAGCCAGCACCAGGAGCUGAUGGAGUGCCUCAGUGAGGAGAGUGAGGCCAAGAACCAGCUGGCACUAGAGCUUCACAAGGCAGAGGGCAUUAUUGAAGGCUAUGUUGCAGAAAAAGCUGCUUUAGAAGAGGCCUUAAACCUGAAAGAGGAAUCUGAGCGUCGACUUGUUGUAGAGCUGGAGAACCUGCGGGAGCGCUUCCAGGAGCUGACCCAGGAGCAAGCAAUCCUUGGUCUGCUCAAGGAAGUGGAAUUUUUGUCAAAGGAGAAACUGGAGCUUCAGUGUCAGGCAGAAAAGGACCAUUCCAACCUACGCUCUCAGAUGAAGGUUUUGGAGGUGGAACUGGAAGAGCAGCUGCGCAGUAACCAAGACCUGGCUACAAAGUUACUGGAGGUUGCUGAAUUAAAACAGCAAAUUGAAGUUCUUGAAAAACAGCUUAAAAACCAGCGGCAGUUCAUGGAUGAACAAGCCAUAGAAAGGGAACAUGAGCGUGAUGAUUUUCAGCAGGAAAUUCAGAAAUUGGAAGAACAGUUAAAACUGUCAGCAAAAUCACAGACUUCAGGACAGUCCAGAGAGCAAAGGAACUAUGAAUUGAUUCUACAGGUAGAAUCUUUGCAAGCAGAAAUGAAAGAGAAGAUGGAUGAUUACAAUAAACUCUUACUAGAAAAGGAGAGAAAACACCAAGAAAUUGCAGCUCGUGAUACAGAGAUAGAAAAACUGGUGGCACAGAUCCAAGAGCUGAAGCUCAGUGGUGCUGAGGUCUCAAAGACUGUACACAGCUUGGAACAACAGCUGCAGAAAAUGAAAAAAGUGGAAACUGAACUGAAGCAGGAUAAAGAGGCAUUGCAGCAGCAGCAGUACAAUAACCUGAUCCAGAUCUCUGCCCUGCAGUCUAAACUGGAUGAAGCAAGGCACCGGGUGCCAGUGGAUGGCAGUUCUGCCCCAGUGCUGAAGGAGCAGCUGCAGGCAGAGCAGGAAGCACUUCAGGCUAAGGAGAGAGAGAUUGCAAGCUUACUAGAACAAGUAGAACAAUAUAAAGAGAACUUGAACAAGAAAGAUGAGGAGAUACUGCAGCUGAACUUGCAGUUAGAGAUACAAAAAAACUUUAGUACUUCCAACAUCAUCCAGCUUCAGGCAAAGAAUGCACACUUGCAGGAGGAUCUAACAAAACUUCAUGUGAAGCAAAGCCAGGACCUGGGUAUUAGUGAUUCCUCAGCUUUGUCACUCCCACAAGCACUGCUUGAAGAAAAGAAUCAAGAAAUCGAUCACUUGAAUGACCAGAUAAAGAGACUUCAGCAUGAGUUACAGAAGGCUCUGGAGAAUGAAGUUGCAGAAGACCACAACCCUGAAAUUGAAGAACUCAGAUCAGUGGUGGAGCACCUUCGCCUCGACCAGGAGAGGCUGCGUAAGAACAGGGAUGAAGAGGUGGAGCAACUCCAUGGAGUAAUUGAGAAGCUUCAGAAAGAGCUGGCACAAUUUGGACCAGUAUGUCAUGAAGACAGUGACAACCAAGUUUAUUUCUAUGAAGCUGCAUUGGAGAAGUCAGUGGAAAACCUUCAGAAUGAGCUGAAGAAGGGACUGGUAGCUUGCCAAGGUGAUGCUGAUCCAAACAGAAGAAACACAUCAGUACUCUCCCAAGUGAGAGAACUUAAGGAGGAAAUGGAGCUUAUCUCAGCUUCUAAAGAAGCUCUGCAGCAGCAACUGGAAGAAAAGGAAUUGCAGCUCAAAACAGAAGUGGAAAUUUUGGAGAAAAAAUGCCAAGAGUUGCAAGAGUCAUCAGAGCAGUCUCUUGCAGAGCUCACCUCCCUGAGAGCCCAGCACCAGACACUUCAGGAGGAAUACAGCCUUUCCCAAACUCGUUUGUCUCAGAGAGAGGCUGAGGCAAAGAUGACUGCAUCUCGAGUUCAAGAACUUGAGGAUAAGGUGAGAGAAAGGGAAGCAAAUAUUCUAGAGAAAGAGAUGCAAAUUAAGGCAAUGGCAGAUCAAAGAGAAGCUGACACAACUGAGCUGCAGUAUUUAACAGAAAAGACAGCAGAGCUCCAAACAGAGCUGGAAAAGAGAGGUGCAAGUCAGGCACAAGAUACUUACAGUCUUCAACUAGAAGUUUCUAGACUUGAUUCUGAGGUGCAAGCACUGAAUCAGAAAGAAGCAACUUAUCUGAGAGAAAUCAAGGAACUGCAAGGGAGCACUGCAAAACUGAAAGGUGAAAUCAAGGUCCAUCUGAAAGAGCUGGAAGCCUUACGAUUGGAAAGAGCUGGAAUUCUUUCACAGCUGGAGUCUUGCAAGCUGGGGGAGCAAGUAGGUCAUGAAGAGACUCAAUUUCUCAAGCCAUUCUGCCAGAGUAAAAGAAAAGAUGGAAUGCAUGAAUUAGAAGCAAAUACUGAUCAGUCAUUUGGAGUAUUGGCUUCCCCUACUGCUAAACUGGAAAAAGAUGAAGUUGUGUUUGACUUGACUGUUCACAAUAAAAGUCCAAAAACACAGAUUAAGCAAUCACAAGAAAAUACCUUGUGCCAGGAGUUGGACAUGAUCCACAGCUCUGAAGGGGAUCAAGAUUUGGAAAAGCAUUGCCAGCAAAUUUUGGAAAUUCAUCAAACCCCUGAUUCACCAAAACAUGAUUUGAGCACAGACAAAAAGACUCCAAAACAUUUCCAGAAUUUAAUUGCAAGUAUGUCUUCGUGGGGCUCGCCUGAGAUCAUGAGAAAACAAGAUACAAGCAUGGAACUUCAACCAGUGCUUCACCUGACACCCUUCUCAGAAGCUGAAAACACAGAUUUUCCAAUUCUGCACACAAGGUCAUCCCUGCAAGGGGAUAAUUCCAUAUCCCUGGGAUAUUCUAACCUGGAUGAACAUGGCAGUGGGGAUGCAGCAGUGGGAGUAGAUAGAAAAUCUCCAGCUUUCUCUGAAAGUACCUAUUCUGUUGAUGAUGAUGAAGAUAUGGAGAAGUUUCUGCAGAUGAGAGAAGCUGAUAAUCUCACUUUAACCCCUUCUGAUUUACAAGAUGAUGAAAGAUCAAGUGCAUCUGUGAUGAGCGAUGAAUGUGGCAGCAAUACCAGCUCAAAUUUGGCAGCUAAUCUAAAGCAGGAGCUACAAACAUCAGAUCACCUAGAUGCCAAUGUCAUGGCUUAUCUGCGAUACCGGGCAAUGAUUCCUGAUAUUAUGGAAUCCAUGAAAGAAAAGGAAAUACUUUCACCACAGAUGAAGACUGUGCUGAAGAUGGUGUAUGAGGAGAGCCACAAAAUAUUGGCUUUGUCAGAGCAUCCCUUUGGUUUUAGGGAGCUGAAAAAUAUCCCCCAGACCCGAGUGGCAAUGGAGGGCUGGCAGAAAGAGGGAUUAUCCCUGCUUGAUGCUAUCCAGUCACUGAAGGAUUACCUCAGCAAGGUGGCAGAUAGAGGAGACAAGGAAACAUCAGGUGUUGCUGCUGACUGGAGAGGAGAACUUCUGCAAGCAGUACAGAGUGUGUUUGAGAAGGAGAGAAAUGUGAUGCAGAUUGAAUUGAAGUCUCACUUCUCCAAUCCUACGUGUGGGGAUGCCAGUUCAUUAGGGGAAAAGCUGGAGUAUAUCAUGAAACAACAAGAAGAGCAGAGGCAGAUGGUUGUGGAGCACCUCUUCUCCUCGGACCGGAAUAGCCUGCUCUCAGAAAUCCAGGACCUCCGAGCUCAGCUCCGCAUGACACAUCUCCAGAACCAGGAGAAGCUCCAGCAGCUGCAGGAAACCCUCACCAAGGCUGAGGAUCAUGGCAACAAACAGGAGCACCAGCUCCGGAGGAAAGUUGAAUUAUUGGAAUAUAAGCUUCAGCAGGAAAAAUCUAUUGUAAGUGACUUGCACAGCACCCUCUCUGAGGAGCGGAAAAGAGCCUCUGAAACAUGUAGUCUCCUGAACCAAGAAAAAGCAUCCCUGAAAUCAGAGCUUUCUGGAAGUAAGCAAGAGAAUGAAAGGUUGCAGAAAUCCCUGGAAGAGCUUCAGAGGGAAAUCAAUCAUUUACGUGUUGCAUUGGAAAAAAAACAAAAGGAUUUGGAAGCUGCACUUGAAGACUUUAAGGCUGAGCAGCUGAAGGGAUUGGAGCUGCGAGGUUGGCUUGAGGAACAGCAGCGUCAGCAGAGGAAAGCAGAGGAUGAAAAGACAAAGGCCAUGGAGGAGCUGCAGGCUGCCCUGGAUGUGCAGUCGGUGCAGAACUGCCAGCUGGCCGUGUCCUUGGAGCACGAGAGGACAGUCGCAGACAACCUGCGCCAGGAGCUGCAGAUCGAGCACUCCCGCUGCGAAGCCCUGCUGUCCCAGGAGCAGAGCAAGCUGAGGGAGCUGCAGAAGAACCUGGAUGCUGAGAAAAGCCGUUCCUCAGAGCUCCUGGAUUCCUUGAAUCACGAGCGUGUGUUGACAGAGCAGCUGUCGGUCAGAGUGAAGGAAGGCGCUUGUCAGCACAGGGAGUCGCUGCUGGAGCAAGCCUUUGUCAGGGAGCUCCAGGCCCAGCUGGAAGAGGAGAGGGCCAGAACUAUGGAGCUCGCUGCUGUUAUUGAGAAAAUGCACCAGAAGGCCAUGGUGUCCAAAAGGCAGCUGGAGGCUGAGGUACAGAUGUGCUGCGAGGAAACCCAGAAGGAGAGGGAAGUCGGUGACAGACUGCGAGCCACCCUGGAGUCUCUUCAGGCACAAAAGCAAGAGGUGAUCCGUUCCUUGGAGGCCCAGAGGGAGAGAGAGAUCAAGCUAAAAGUUGACUGGGAACAACUGCAGUCACUCUUCAAGCUGCUUAAGGAGCAAGAUAAGAACAGGAAAGAGGAGAGGGAGAGAGAGCGGAAACAGCAGCAACAGACAGAGCUACAGAAACAGAAGGAGUGGCAGAGAGAUCAGGAGAGACUGCAAAACUUGGAACAGCAACACCAAAGGGAUGAACAAAGAAUUAAAGAACUGCAGGAAGUACUGGCAGUUCUAAAAGAAAGAGAAAGAAAUCCUCCAGCUCCAAACUGUCAGGAGAAACUCUUGCAUACCUCAAGCAAAGAUGGAAGCGCCACACAGCCUGUGACAAAAGAAACUGAAAAACCCCACUUGCAACAGCAGCAGCAACAGCUGGAGAAGAUAAGGCAGCAGUUGCUCUUUGUGGCUGUGCACCUGAAUGAGUUCAUAUAUAAAACUCUAGAUAAAACGGUUAAUGAUUGGUCUGCAUCAAAUGAAGAAGUUGUAGCCUCUUUACUGCAGACAUUAAGGGAACUAAAAUCAGAUUUGUCUCGUCCUACAUCUCAGAUGAGAUCUACAGGUGAUGCUGACCCUGUUCAAGAGCUGGAAAGAGAGGCUUGGCAACGAGAGAGGAACACGCUGCAGAACAUGCUGAAACAGGCAGAAUCCCAGCUAGCUAAAGCCAAUGCUGAAAUUGAAAACAAGCCAGUGGCAGAAACUUCCAAUCCUAAGUUGCAGAGAUUGUAUCGAAAGUACAUUCGAGCAGAGAGCUUUCGAAAGGCUCUAGUUUAUCAGAAGAAAUACCUCUUGCUGCUGCUGGGUGGGUUUCAGGACUGUGAGCAAGCAACUCUGUCUCUGAUCGCCCGCAUGGGAAUCUAUCCUUCCCCUGCAGACCUGCAGCUCUCCAGGUCACACUCCCGGCCUUUCACCAAGUUCAGGUGUGCAGUCAGAGCUGUCAUUGCCAUCUCAAGGUUAAAGUUUUUGGUGAAGAAGUGGAACAGAGUUGGCAAGAAGAGCGCACAGGGUGAAAACAUAUCUCACAGUAUAGGAGGUAACACAGCCUCUGGUGCUAGAACAGAAGUCCUGAAAGAGCAGCAGCCCCCAGCUGUUCCUGUCAGCUCUCCCCCUACCCAGGACAGGGACACAGGGCUGUGCCACAGAACCAGCUGUGCUGCAAGAUUCACGAGCCUCUCCCCACGAUCCUCCUCCCGCUCACACAACAGAUUGCAUCCGUCCCCAAGUUCAGCUCCAGGAAAGUCCCUUGUGCCUCCUCAGGAUCCUGAACAGUCACUCACAGAAUAUAUCCAUCGCUUGGAGGUGAUUCAGCAAAGGCUGCAAGGGGUGCAGCCAGGGCAAGUGCUAGGUUCACCUCAUCAGAGAAGCCUAAAGAAGUGAUGGGAAUGCUUAUGAAAUCUGUUCCUGCAAGUUCCUGCUUCCUCUGAGUUGGUCCUCACUUGACAGAGGCACUUGCAAUCUCCCAUGCAACUGAAUAAAGGGCAGUGCUUUUACAGCAGAUUUUUAUAUGACUCUUUUUAUUAUAUUUUAGUACUUAAAAAGGGACUUACUUUUCACUAAGAACAAUGUUUUACAUUCUCAUGUGAAAUUAAGUCAACAGCUAAAGUGUGCCUGCAUCGCUGUAUUGUAAGCUGCAGAAAGUCUGUGGUGUUUAUUUUUCUAUAGUGUAUAGAUGGAUUCCUUGUAAAAAAAGUCAUUAAAAUGUCAUUUUAUUAGUGAA